AUGGCAUCAGAACCGUCAGCUUCUACAUUGGCUAACAACAGCAGCUCGAUGAUGUUCUCUAAUAGCUUGAGGCUAUCAAUCGAGGCUUGGAGCAUCGCAGCUGCCUUGAUGACCGCUGUCAUGGCUUACAAAAUCUGGACCGAUCACAAGUUCAAGUUGCCGCCUCUCAUCAACCCGCCGCAGCCGUUCGAUAUAAGUGGAGCAGCCGUCAAGAGGGACUUUUUUCAGCGAAGCAAUGAAAUCAUUCAACAAGGUUCGAAGACGUUUGGGGGAGAGCCUUACAGCGUCAUCUCUGACACCGGCCGCGUGAUUAUGCUGGCUCCGAAGCAUGUUGAUGAGGAUUUCCAUGCUUAUCUGCCUGGUUUCGAGCCAUUUGGGGCGGGAAGCGCGAUCCCGAUUCUCGUCUUGGUCGCCAAGAGGCAACUCACCAAGUUCCUAGCGAAGAUCAUGAAGCCACUUUCUGAUGAGACAGCGUUCUCUUUUCAGACAGUCCUUGGCGACUCGACAGAAUGGCAUGAAGUCAGCUUGGGCCAGACAAUUCUCAACGUAUUCUCCCGCCUCUCUUCCCGCGUCUUCCUCGGCCCUGAACUCUGCCGCAACGAAGCAUGGCUGAACAUCACAGUCAUAUACGUGGUGGACUGCUUCAUCGCAGCGGAGAGACGCCUCGCAAAUCCAUCGUACUUCUACCGUGAAAUAGAUAGCUAG